AUGCAGCCGCGAUGCGUGCGCAUGGCGGCGCUGGCCACCGCCAGCGCAUCAUUGCCGCACCGCAGCGCCGCUGCUGGUCUUCUCACAGCUCCUGGACAACCAGCGGCGAGAGGACUGCGCCAAAGGCGGCGUGCGCAUGAGUGCGCCGCCGCUGUCGGCACGGGCACGGGACCCCUCCGGGCUGCCUGGAGAGGCGAAGGGCGACCGACAUUGACACCAACGCCGCUAGUGGCGCGAACGGAUGGCAUCUGCACCAUUGGGACGCGCGGCUGCAUGCGCGAUGCCAGCGCUGCUGUGUGCACGCGCUCCCUACUCGCAGGUUUGCGUGUGUCGUGCGCUGCACUCGAGACGCCUCGCCGCUACUGUGCAUCACUCUCGGGAGUGGCGCAUGCACCGCCUACUCCGUCGCACAAUUCGCCCCGGUUGCGCGGCUCUUACAGAAAGCGUCUCCCCUCAAGCUCCCUGCCAUCAUCGGCUUCGCGGUACACGACGAGGUCUCAGCAACACAGACAGCGAGCUCAAGCGCCCUCUGGUAGACCCCCGAGGCCGCGGCGAGAGCCAAACGGCAAAACACUACGGCUGCGGACGCCAGAUGAUGACAACAGCGGUGACGCUCCUCCAUCGCAGCCGGAGGAGAUGCCGACAGCAGACGACGUAGACGGCGCCUCUGUCGCUGACGGCGGCAUGGGUGCAUCCGCUGCGGAUGGCGCCGCUUCUUCGUCUGCGGUGGCUCAUGACACGAACGCAGGGUGGGGGCUGGAAGACGUGAACUCUCGGACGGGAAGGACGCAGCUGGAGGAGCUGUAUGAACGCAAUCUUGAUCGCAUCCGUGCCAUUCUCGAGCAGCCGCUGCCCGCUAUGCCGCAGGACGGCAGCGUCGAUCCCGAUUUUUUUGUGGGCUUUGCAUCUUACAGCUAUCAGCUGCGAGAUCAGUACCGCGCCAUCCUUGCGCGCGAGUUGCAGGUGCCGGUGAGGGCGGUGCGGCUGUCCGUUGCGUGGAGUGGCCGCUUCGACGUGCGACGCUUCGGGCGGGUGCAGAAGGUGUGUGGUGUGUGCCUUGAUCGGCAGGCACUGCCGGCAGCGACGCACAAGGAGAGGGAGACGAACCCGGGUACUGGGCUAGGCCGUAAAGAGGGCGACUUCGCUGCCAAGACGCGCAUCACGGAGGUAGAUGAGGCAGCGUCAUCGUCGUCUGCCUCGGCGCUUCCAUUACCGGAGACGCUCCACAAGCGCAUCCACGCGCUUGUGGCCGCCAUCAACGGACGUAGGCGUGAAGAUCUCCUCCAGGUGUCGUUCUUCCAAGCCUCGCCACCGAUCCCGGAGGUGGAGUUCGCGCUUACCCGACGAGAGCACAGACUCUUGUACCAUCUGCACGAAUGGAUACGGCGCCACGUGUUGCAGAGUGCAGUGGUGGUCGUCGUGUACGGUGUUCCGCCUCCGCCGCCAAGUGCUACAUCUAAUGAUACGCGGGCGACUUCAGCUGCGCUUCAUUUCUCGACAGGCUUGCCCGAGCGACGUGAGGUUACGCACGACACUGCUGACGCCACAAACGGCGACGCAGCUCAGCCGGAUUCGUACGUGCAGUGGCAGCGCAUCUGCAGCACUCGCACGGCAGCGCAAAAACGCGAGGUGCAGGAUAAGUGGCUGCGACUGCUUCAUCGACGGAAAGUGGUGCCGUUGGUGAUAUCGCUGACUGCGCUGGCCACCGAGGUUGCCGCGGCGGUGGUGCGCGGCGAGGUGCCUCACAUCCACUUCCGGCACGCCAAGCAGGAGACGGCGGAGGUGAAGUACGCCGAUGGGGCAGCGGCGCAGGGCGGUGAGCAGCACGCGGCUGCGUUGGCCACGUCCUCGACGAGUGCGACAGCGUCGCCUGUGGAACUGAGCGCGAGUCUGCAAGACGUACUGGUACGCAUCGCAGCGGCGUCGUUGUCGUCGCCACCGUUCACGACGGACGAUGACGGGACGUCUGCGGAGGACAGGGGUGACCAUGCUGCAUUUCCUCGUCGUGCCCAAGACGUGAUUGCUCCGCCACACGGUGCUGACACCGCCACUGCCACGACAGUCGUCACUCCACUCUUCCGACCUGCUUCCACUGCUCAGAAAACGGCGACGAUGCGUUGGGUGCGGCUUGUCUGCCAGGCGCUCCUUUUGCGAGAGGCGCAGGGCAGCACCGACUGCAGCGGCCGCACGGAUGCCGAGCAGUCAACCAUGCGCAUCUCUCACCGAGCGUCGCUGCCUGCGCUCUUCGCGCAAGGGGUCUACGCUGGUGGCGAAGAGGAGGUUGCCUACCUGCAGCGCAACCGCGCCGCGAUGGACGCGCUGCUGCUGCAUCCGCACGAAAUCUCCUUCAAGAAGAAGUUUCUCAGUCGCAUGCGAAAUGGGCACCGCCGGCUGCGCAUGGAGGACGAGAGCGCCGCUCCGUACGCUGUGAAUGGGUGA